AUGGCGGAGUUUUUCCAGGAGCUGUUCUCCAGCAUCUUCACCCCCGGAGCAACGCCCACCCUCCUCCUCGCUACUAACGCUACCUUCGCCGCUCUCCAAGUCGUCUUCUUCGUUCUACUCGUGGCUACCUACAGCAUUCACUUCCUCAUCCUCUCCUGCAUCAGUGGCGCAUUAUGGUACUCGAUAAAUUGGUUUGCGAGCGAGGUUAAGGCGGAGAAUGAACGGCAGAACAAGCUUGCAGAGGGCAAGGAGAAAGAUGAUAGGGGAUCUUCGACAGAUCUCAGUAGUUUACGUGUGAAGAAGGAGGCCUCGCCUGUCGCCCGUUUAUCGGGAGCGAUGUCCGAUUCAGCUGAGAGUGGAACUGAGACGGAGAGCAUACGUGCUGGUCAUAUUGGAACCCCAAAAGUAUCGGGCGCCUCUCCGUUGAGCGGUGGUGCUACUGCGAGGCGAACUACACCCUCUGCGUCGGGCGUACAGGUGACGCUGACGCCAGAGAGUAGUAUGGACGAGCUCACGCUACGAAAGCCAUCUGGGGAUAGUUCUGGAUACAUCAGUACCGACAGCGAAUGGGAAAAAGUCGACGAUAAAGACCGAUAA